UUCAGUGGGCUUCAAUGAUCAAGUUGUGGAAUAAACUUGAUAAUGAAGGUAUACUGGAGGAAGAGUUAGUCAGACAUCUUUGGAGAGAUGAGAUUAGCAAAGAUGAAUCUAGCUUUGAGGUCUUCUUGGAGUUAAUGAAGCAGUUUGGACUGCUCUGUGAGAAAGUCAAGAAUCAGGAAAGCAAACAUCGCUCGUUUUUUGUUCCCUGUCGAUUGAAACGGAGCAAAGACAAUGUGUCUAUUGAACAUGAUACAGCUCAGAUGGUAUCUAUCUAUAUGGUCUCCGAGGAUUUCAUCCCUGAUAGUGUCUUCCAUCCUCUGGUUGUGAGCUUGAUUGGAAUGGUACAAGACAUGGGCUACACAGCCAUGCUGCAAUUAUUUAGCAACUAUGCAGAAAUCAGCCUAGGACUUGAACACACUCUCAGCUUAGGACCAGUAGUCAUUAAUAACAAGCCCUCAUUGAAGCUGGAAAUAUUACGGGUGCCUAUCAUUCAGGAGGAUGGUACCAAGACACCAACAGGUGAACCCAGUCCUAGAGUCUGUAUGCAGGUGUUAGAGUUUCUGAAGAAAGAAAUGAAAGUACUGACGUCUAAAAAUUCUCCAAUGCAAUUAGAAGGUUCCAGUGUUACUGAAACAGCACCACCAGAUGGAAAUCUAGGUUAUGUGGAUGAUAUGCACCUGUCUGCUAUUGCCGAAGGCAUGGGACUUGAAUGGAAACAACUGGGACUCAGGCUGGGUCUCAGUUGGAACAAGAUUCAACAAAUAUGGAGUGAUAACAGACGAUUGUUUGACUGCAUAAUGGAAAUGCUGACAGAAUGGAGAAAACAACAGAACUAUGAGACAAACCAAGUUGAGAUAAUGUGCAAUGCUUUGAAGGAUCAGGGACUCACAGAGCUUGCUAACAAGGUCUUUGGCUCACAAACAUCAGAGGAUCAAUCAUCCCAUGUGGAAGCAAGUACAGAUCAUCCUUGUGGAAGAUUACACCAUACUAAACAGGAACACGAUGGUUGUUUGACUGAUACUGACCUUCAGUUCAUUGCUAAAAGACUUGACAAUGAUUGGAAAGAUUUGGGCAUAUACCUUAAUAUGAAACGCUCUGAAAUAAAUCAAAUUGCAACUGACUUUUCACCACCAAUGGUUGACGCCUGUAUUGAAAUGUUGGUAAAGUGGCGGAGUAGACAGGAAGCUAAAGUAAAUCAUCUUGCAAAGAUUAUUGAUGCCUUAACCAGUCUUGAAAGAGAAGAUAUCAUUAAAGAACUUAAGCCUUAUUACCAGGAAAAAUAAAAAUAUAAACUAAAAUAAGAGCCACAGAAAGUGGCCCUGAUUCCCAGGAACCAAAAAGCGGGGUGGGGUAUCCAGUAAGAUGUAGGGGCAGAGCCCAUGGUUAGGGGCCAGUCCAAAAGCUCAGACGUUUCAUGUAAUUUAAUGCCUAUUUCAAACGAUUACAGACAUAAUAACAGAGAGAAAAUAUUAUGUCAACAUCCUGAGAAAAUGAAUUAUAAAAAUAGACAAUAAACACAUUCUGGCUAUUUGAUCCAGAGAUAUUUAAUUAAAUCAUUCACUCAG